CCUCAUGUCGGUGUACUCCUUCCAAGCCAAAAGCCAAAGCCCGGGACAGGGGCGGCCACAUCAUGCACGGACCUGGACGCCUUGGGCCCUGUUCCUUGCGAGUAUAACUGCGUUCAACUUCGUGGAAGCACCACACCGCCAACUCUAAUAGGUGUCGCAUUGACCAUGUUUGCAUGGCUACGAUGCAACCAGUGUGUGUAUCUUGCCAAACCAUCUAUGGCAAACAAAGCACGGCGACUAUCAAUUUCCUACUGUCGGGACUGGAGACUUAUUUGCAGACACCCGUUGUCAGAGCCGGUCUCCGUGUCGCGACAGUUCAUCCGCGUCCCCCGCUCGGGCGAUUUUGUGAUCCACGAAGGUCUUCGGAGACGAGACGUUCGCUGUUUCCUGAUUGCAAUCAAUCGGUCCGGCUUCGUUUUAUGCAACGUUGGUGACUUAACUCGCGUCCUGCCAUUGGUCUUGCUUCUUUUUUUCAUGACAUGUUGUUUCAUUUCCUCGGCUCUCACCAUUAUACACUAGAGUACAGCAGUCUGUAUUUCUUUGGGAACCCGAUAGGGAUACCUUGACAAUGCAGUACACCCGCGUACCCAACUGUGCCCUAUCCGAUUACCGUCCUCAUUAACAACCGCUCUGUGGAUGUCCCAGACGCCCGACAAGAAGUUUCUGUGUGAAUAUCUCCAUCGUGCCAUGAUGGAGGGCAUCUCCU